UUGAACCAAGGCCAGCCAAAGCACGGGGGAAAUUACCUAUCCCUAUAACAUAAUGAGAUGACACCAUUUUUGCACUCUGUGCUUCAAAAACUAACAAACCCUAGGUUGUGGUUUAUAAAUCACAGCAGUUGAUGUGAUUUAUCACAGAUGUGAAGGCAGAACGAAACCACAACCAAACUUGGUGUGUGGCAUGAGAGAGAGGAAAAUAAAGUGCCCUACACAAGGAAUGUGCACACAAUGAUUUUCCCUGUCUUUGGGUUUGACAUCAAUAGAGGAAGAAGUUAUAGAAAACCUGAUACAGAUUCCCCUGCAAUGCAUUUUAUUACUGCUUGAGGAGGUUCUGAGGGAGCUUUGCAAGCCAAUCCUGUAUACCUCUUACACCACAUGCUUCAAAACAAUAACAAGCUCCAUGGUUUAUAAGAAGUUACUUCUAUGCUCAUUGCUGUGAAAAAAAUAUGUAUGUAUGUACGCAGAAAAAUUGUCCUCUGUAUAUCUGUGACCCAAGAAUCUUCUGAAAGGCACUCUGGACGGUGAAUGUUCUCUUUUCCCAAAUUUGAAUUAGGGAGUAAAGUUCUGAUGGAUGCUUUUUCCUUGUUUUUUAUUUAUCGAUAUAUUCAACCCAGUCUAAUAAACUAGAGGAUGGUUUUACUGGCAGAAAGAAGAUAGCAUAGGGUUCAUGAAAUUUGUAUGAAUAUUUUAAUAUAAAUUGGAAAUGCUCCAUUGAGAAGAAUGACAGGAUCAACUUUUCUUCAGGACUUGAAACAUUAUCAAUUUGAAACCAAGGAAUGAACUAAAUGGCAAACAGCACCACAGUGAGGGAAUUCAUAUUGUUAGGGCUGACUAACAACCAACAAAUUGCUGUUGGCCUUUUUCUCAUCCUGCUUGGGAUUUAUCUUUUGACAUUGAUAGGAAACAUGUUGAUUAUUAUUAUCACAUUGGUGAAUGCCCAACUCUGUAGUCCAAUGUAUUUCUUUCUCCGUCAUAUGGCAUGGAUAGAGAUUGGGUAUAUAAGUAGCAUCAUUCCUAAAACGCUGGCCAACAUAGCCACUGGCAACAAGAUUAUUUCUUUAGCUGGUUGCUUCAUACAGAUGUUCGUCUAUUUUGUUCUUGGCAUCACUGAAUUCCUUCUACUGGCCACAAUGUCUGUUGAUCGCUACAUAGCCAUCUGUAAGCCUCUUCACUACACAACCAUCAUGAAUGAACAAAUCUGUUCAUUAUUGGUACUUUGUUGCUGGAUUGGGAGUUUGUCACUAAUUCUAGUUCCAUCUAUUCUUUUCGUUCAAAUACCAUUUUGUGGUCCUAACAUCAUCAAUCAUUUCUUUUGUGACAAUGGAGCAGUAAUCAAACUCUCAUGUGUUGAUACCAGUCUCCUAGAACUGAUUAAUUUUGUGGUUGCCACAUUCUCUCUGCUUGGGACCUUAAGUGUUAACAUUGUGUCUUAUGUCAAAAUCAUUUCUACGAUUCUGAGCAUCCCAUCAACUACAGGGAGGAAGAAGACGUUCUCCACCUGUGCAUCUCACAUGAUUGUGGUCUCCAUCACUUACAGCAGUUGUGUUUUCAUGUACAUAAGACCCAAAGGCAGCAGCAAAUUAGAUUUCAACAAAAUGAUAAACCUUCUGAAUACUGUCCUGGCUCCACUUUUGAUCCCGUUCGCAUAUUGUUUGAGGAACAGACAAGUGCAGGAUGCUUUGAGGACUGAACUGAGACAAUGGAUUGAGUUCUGCAAGAAAUUGAAGUGAUUUGUUAUAGAUGUGACCUUGAAUUAGAUUUUAAAGUUCAACUUCUGCUUUGUUAAGUUAUGGCAUGUGCUGCUUUCAGAUGUAAUGAUCACACACUGAGGUGGUUUACAAGAGAACAUGGUAAUCAGGAAGCAAAACAUCUGAUAAUCCUCAACAAAAUAAAGCACAAUAUAUCAGGAACAUGCACACAAUAUUUUGUUCUGUCUUUGGGUUUGAUAUCUACAGAGGAAACUGACAGAAAAUGCUUGAUAGACAUUUCUUCCAAUUUGCAAUAGUUUUCUUUGAUCCUCGAGAAGGCCCUGUGGGAUCUUCACAGUUAGUCUCGAAUACAUGUUGCGCCUUAUGCUUUAAAAUGGUAACUAGCUUCAUUGUUUAUAAGAGGCGGCUUCCAUGUUCAUUGCCCUGAAGAGAUAUGGAAGAAGAAGGCAGCAAAAUUGCACAGCAGGUACAUCUGAGAAUGGAGAAAGUUAUGCUUCCCAAACAUUUUAACAGAUGCAUUUGCUUUGCACCAUUUCACAAUCUAGAAAAAUGACUAUUACUCAAAGAAAAUUGCAAGACCAUAGCCUAGAGACCAUGAACAAUUUCUGAAACUUUUUUGUGUAUAUUGUAAGUGGUGAAAAUAUUGCCUGCCAAAUAUAAACUAAGGAGAAAAAAAUGAUAUAUAUUGUUGCUUUUCCUCUGAUUUGUAACAUUAUUAAACAUAUCCUCUAGGAAACGCUCUGUUUUUUAGCUGAGAGAGACAGUGUUGUCAAAAAAACCCAAAACCCUCUUUCGUGGUCAUGCAGCCAGCAUGACUAUAUGCUGAGGGACACAAAAUGCUUCUCCCUUCCUAUCAAAGUGGUACCUAUUUAUCUACUCACAUUUCUAUGCUUUAGAACUGCUAGGUGGGCAAGAGCUGCAGCAAAUUAUGAGAGAUCAACCUGUUGCACAGCAUUCAGGUCUCAAAUGUAGGCUGUCAGUUUUCCAGCUAACAAGCUGAGCAUCUUUAACUGCUGAGGCAUCAUGCCCUCUUUCAAAAAUACACUUCCCUUCUACUGUCCAAUAUUCAAUAGUGGUGAAUAUCUGUGUCAGACCAUCCUAUUUGAGCUUCUCCGCAAGUAAGCCAGUAAACAGGAACGUGGAGACCACCAAUAGCUUUAUUGCGAUAUUGGAAAUAAAAUUAGCACUGGAAGUGGCUUGCUCCCAGCUU